AGUUCUGUAUCCCUCGAGGGUUGAAGAACCAGGUUGUGCACAAGCAUCCUGUUCUAUCGAUCCAAAAUCUACAUCCAAUCAUUCGCCACGAUGAGUGACAAGGUCAUUGAAGACACUUUCACCAUGGCUCCAGCCCCUGUGGUCACUGGUCUCGAUGGAAAGCAUCAUGGCGUCCUAGAUGUUCACACCGAUGGGAUGUAUGAGAACGGUCACGUCAUUCCAACUGAAGAAGAAUUGGAAACUCUUCCGAGGAUUGCUGGUACAAUGCCGUGGGCUGCGUAUAUGCUCUGCGGAGUAGAAUUCGCUGAGCGUGCUUCGUACUACGGUUGCAAGCAAGUUUUCAAGAACUUCAUCCGAGCCCCCCUUCCCGAAGGUGGCAACGGUGCUGGAGCUCCUCCUCGUGGCUCGCAAAAGACCGCUGGAGCUCUUGGAAAGGGUACUGUUAUUGCUUCUGCAAUGACUGAUGCCUUCACGUUCCUUGCAUAUGCGCUUCCCAUAUUCGGAGGAUGGUUAGCUGAUGCCCACCUUGGACGAUUCAAGACUAUCUGUAUUGGUGUCGCUAUCUGCGGCGUUGCUCACCUUAUCAUGAUUAUCUCUGCGGUUCCCAGCGUCAUCCAGGCUGGCCACGCUAUCGGUCCAUUCGCCCUGAGUCUCUACAUGCUCGCCGUCGGCGCUGCAAUGUUCAAGCCGAAUAUUGCUCCUACCGUCUUGGACCAGAAUCCCCAUAAAAGGCCUCACGUUGUCACGAAGAACGAUGGGAGCAAAGCUAUCAUUGACCCUGAGGCCACCUCGGAGUCUGUCAUGCUUUGGUUCUAUCUGCUCAUCAACAUUGGGGCUUUCUUCGGUGUUGCUACCUCGUACCUUGCAAAAUAUGUCGGAUUUUGGGCGUCGUACUUGCUGCCAGGCAUCAUCUACUUCAUGCUUCCGGUCCUUCUUUUCUUCGUCAACAAGCGUCUCAUCAAACUUCCUGCUGGAGGAAGUGCCUUGGGCGACUUCUGCGGUGUCAUUCUCCUUGCUUUAAAGAAGAACGGCUUCAAGGGCUUCGGUCGCAAGGGCUUCUGGGACAAAGCCAAGCCAUCUGUUCUUGCUGCUUCUGGUGAUUCGAGAAUCGUUCACUGGGAUGAUCAAUUCGUCGACGACGUUCGGAGAACCAUGGCAGCUUGCGCUAUCUUCCUCUUCUUCCCUAUCCAACAAAUCAACGAUGGUGGCCUUGGUGCUGCCGCCAACGCACAAUCUGCCUCAUUGACCUCCAACGGUGUCCCCAACGAUGUUCUCGACAACUUGAAUCCCCUGGCUAUCAUUGUCCUCAUCCCAAUCAUGAACCACGGUGUCUAUCCUCUCCUCCGCAAGCUCGGCAUCCGCUUCGGGCCCAUCGCACGCAUGACCUUUGGUUUCCUCAUCGCCGCUAUCGGCGCUGCAUCUUACGCUGUCAUCCAAUACGAGAUUUAUCAAACCUCACCAUGUGGUUACCAAGCCUCAACUUGUGAGAUCGGCACCGGUGUUUCUAACCUCUCGCUCUGGCUUUACGCUAUCCCAACUGCUGUCACUGCCUGCUCUGAAGUUUUUAUCAACGUCACCGCCUACGGUAUCGCAUACUCUCGGGCUCCACAGAACAUGAAAGGAUUUGUUAUGGCUUUGUCCCUGUUCAUGACUGCCAUCUCGACUGCUAUCUCUCUUGCCACCGCUGACGCCAUCCAAGACCCUUAUCUAAUAUGGUGUUUCGCUGUCCCGUCUGUUGUUGGGUUUAUCUCUGCCUUUGUGUUCUAUUGGUUGUUCAGACAUCUUGAUGACGAGGAAUUCUUCGUUCACGUUGAUGAGCAUCUUGGUACUACCAGCAGCAUCACUGGUAGUCGUGACGAGGAUAGCUUGGCUGAGAAGAGGGCUGUUGGUGUUUCGCAGAAAAGUUUCUAAUUCAGACUCUGGUUGACAUUGAACAUUUCGUACAUUACUCAAUCUGACUGGAACAUGUCUCAUGUCAGACCGGAUCAUCCAGUCAACAUGUAAACA